AUGUCGUUGCACAACCACCUUUUGGAAGAUGCCGAGCGGGAUUUGAGGCAGGUGGAGAGAGAGAUGCGGAGGCAGAUGAGACUGCUGGACCUGCACCUGCAGCAGCUCCGGGAGGAUCUAUCUACGACCUGCCUGUGCAGCCUGGCCCUGUGCCCCUGGGGGAGAAGGGCCCUCACCCCAAGGCUGGAUGUGGAACCAGAACUGGACAGCGUGGAAAGAAGACAUAACUGGAUAUUGAACUCUUACCAUGAUCACAGGCUUUUGGCUUUGGUGGAUGUGAAGGGUUUUGACCCCAAAGAAGUCACUGUAACGGUGAAAGACAGGAAGGUGAAGGUGUCAGCAGAGCACGAGGAAGAGCACGCUACAGCAAGAGGGAAGGAGUAUAACUACAAAAACAUGACGAAGGAAAUCAUCCUGCCAUCGGAGGUGAGCGAGGAUGAGGUGACCUACUCCCUGGGACCAAACAGCGUAAUGAGGAUCGAAACAGCACACAAAUGCUACCUUUUUUUUGCUGAGCUGCAGUAG